CCCGUGCGCGUGACCGGAAGCCGGAAGGAGGCGAGGCGCCAGCUGAGGGGGGCGCUCGCCAGGGUCUCCCGUCCCCUCGGCCGGAGCAGCAGCAGCAGCAGCAGCAGCAGCGAGAGAGCCGCGGACGCCCCCUCCCCGCUCGGGCCUCCCCCCCCUCCGCCGCCGCCGCCAUGGGCUGCUGCUACAGCAGCGAGAAUGAAGCCUCCGACCAGGGGGAGGAGUCCAAGCCCCUGCUGCCCCCAGCCUCCAGCCCACCCAACAAGUCCAUGAAUGGAAUGGAAUCGUGCUGCACUCUGCCGUCAGCCCGGACAGACGAGCAGGCUCUGCUUUCCUCCAUCCUGGCUAAGACAGCCAUCAACAUCAUCGAUGUUUCAGCCGCAGAUCAGCAGCAGAUGGAGCAGCACGAAUACAUGGACCGGGCACGGCAGUACAGCACCCGGCUGGCCGUGCUGAGCAGCAGCCUGACGCACUGGAAGAAGCUCCCACUGCUGCCCUCGCUGACCAACCAGCCUCACCAGGUCCUCGCCAGCGACCCCGUGCCCUUCGCAGACCUGCAACAGGUCUCCCGGAUAGCUGCCUACGCCUACAGUGCCCUCUCCCAGAUCCGCGUGGACGCGAAAGAAGAACUGGUGGUGCAGUUUGGGAUCCCCUGAUGCCCGUGGGGUCUCGCCCGGGCCGGGGUGAUUCCUCCACGUUUCGAUUUCUCUCCUCCCCUCCACCGGCUCAACACCGCGGCUGUGGCGGGCCUCGUGCGCACCAGAAGAGACACUGGGUCUGUCACCUGGACACUUAACGCGUGGACAGCCAAGGGCUGGCGAGACCCAUCCCCUGGCGCCUUCCUCCUCCUCCUCCUCCUCUUCCUCUUCUCCCCAGCUGGGCCAGGCGGAGCCCGGUUGGUCUGGGCCAGGAGGCCGAGGGCGUUUGCCUUUGUGGUUGCGGCUCCGGAAUGUGGACUUUGGGCAGGAGGGGAGGGGAGGGAGGG